AUGGCUGUUUUGCUCUACGGCAUCGUCAGCUACAUGGUCGGCGUAGCGGGUCUAGCGUGCCUCAUUCUUGCGAUAGUGCAAUUGACCCCGUUUGGCUUUCUUGACACGUCCCCUGGCAUCGACCCAAUCGUGUGGAAUCUAGCAUUGGUUGCGCUGUGGGGCUUUUUCCAUACGGCCAUGGCCCGACAGAGCUUCAAGAAUCGACUGACCCGCUUCAUUCCUGAGCCCGCCGAGAGGCCUACCUACGUUUUGAAUCUUCCGGGCGUGCUCUGGUCGACGAGUAACGCUAUCGUGAGCGCCGUAAUAUGGAGCAUCAAUGCGUUCGGCUGGAUCUACCUAUUGGCCGCACUUUAUCUCAACUUCGAAAACCAACCGCGACCACCACUGGUCUUUACCAAGCGAGCGAUGUACCGGUUCACCCGACACCCGAUUCAAACAGGUGUUCUUAUCGGCAUCUGGGCGUUGCCAACCAUGACAACUACGCAGCUGGUUUUGAGCAUUGGAUUUACGCUCUACAUCUUCGUCGGCUUGUGGUUCGAGGAGAAGGAUCUCGUCAAAGAGAUCGGCGAACCCUACCAACAGUAUCGUCGAGAAACCGGAAAGCUUUUGCCCAGGUUGUUCAAGUAG